AUGAAAGGGUCGACCGAGCAAUUCCAGCGCCAGAAGCCAACGCCGAGCUACAACUUAACUUUGAUAGGGUUCAGUUUAGAAGGGAAGGAGGACUCAAUUGAAAUGGAAAAAGUAUCAGGUUUUAGUAGAGUAGACGAGGAGAUUGAAUUACCUCCAGGAUUUCGAUUCCAUCCAACAGAUGAAGAGCUUAUAACUCAUUAUUUAUCUCCUAAGGUAAUUGACAGCAGUUUCAGUGCAAAAGCUAUUGGAGAAGUGGACUUAAACAAGUUCUUGUCUUGCAUUAUGGACUUCUGGCAAACAUCUGAUGGCCAAUUAUAUGUGGGUGUUUCUAUUGGUCUUGUUGUUGUUGGUGCUGUUGCAUACUUCUUAUUUUCCUCCAAGAAACCCAAAGUUUGCUUGGAUCCUGAGAAUUUUAAGGAGUUUAGGCUUGUGAAGAAAAUGCAACUCAGCCAUAAUGUGCGGUUGCAAGUUGAGUCACAAGCUAAUGCUAAGACAAAGAGCGAGAAAUUUCCACCAUCCCAUCAGGAUGGAUCAGUUGGAUACCCUAUGGAGGAUAUAUCAUCACGAAAUGGCCCUGUAUCUUUUGGUGCUUACGAUGCUUCUUUGAAUUCCUCAAUUUUUUUAUCCAAAAUCGUUCACAUGUUCGCCUAUCAUUGUAGCAUGAAUACAUCCUGA